UACGGCAAGCGGAAAGGACCAACUGCUGUUAAGUUUGGAGUCUGGUUUCUAAGUUAGUGGUUUGUUGGGGUCUCGGUGUGUACAGCUGAAAAGGGCUAGACCAUGUCGGCUUUCGAGAAGCCUCAGAUCAUUGCCCAUAUUCAGAAGGGCCUCAACUACACGGUGUUUGACUGUAAAUGGGUGCCCUGCAGCGCCAAGUUUGUGACCAUGGGCAACUUCGCACGGGGAACCGGCGUAAUUCAGCUGUACGAGAUCCAGCACGGGGAACUGAAGCUGCUUCGGGAGAUUGAAAAGGCCAAACCCAUUAAAUGUGGAACAUUUGGUGCAGCAUCUUUACAGCAGAGAUAUUUAGCGACUGGAGAUUUUGGUGGAAACCUUCAUAUAUGGAAUUUGGAAGCUCCAGACAUCCCCGUAUAUUCUGUCAAAGGCCAUAAAGAAAUUAUAAAUACUGUGGAUGGUAUUGGAGGACUUGGAAUCGGGGAAGGAGCCCCUGAAAUUGUGACGGGCAGCCGAGAUGGAACUGUGAAAGUGUGGGACCCUAGGCAAAAGGAUGAUCCUGUUGCCAACAUGGAACCUGUGAAAGGAGAAAAUAAGAGAGACUGCUGGACUGUGGCAUUUGGCAAUGCUUACAAUCAAGAAGAACGUGUCGUCUGUGCUGGCUAUGACAAUGGCGAUAUCAAACUGUUUGACCUCAGAAAUAUGUCCCUGCGGUGGGAAACAAAUAUAAAAAAUGGGGUAUGUAGCUUGGAAUUUGACAGAAAAGACAUAAGUAUGAAUAAGUUAGUAGCGACAUCUUUGGAAGGAAAGUUUCAUGUUUUUGACAUGAGAACACAGCAUCCUACCAAAGGAUUUGCCUCUGUUUCAGAAAAGGCUCAUAAAUCCACUGUGUGGCAAGUCCGACACCUGCCGCAGAAUAGGGAGCUCUUUCUGACAGCCGGAGGCGCAGGCAGCCUUCACCUCUGGAAGUACGAGUACCCUGUUCAGAGAUCAAAGAAAGACCCCGAGGGCGUGGACAUGGGCGUGGCCGGCUCCGUCAGCCUCCUGCAGAACGUCACACUGUCCACGCAGCCCAUUUCAAGCUUAGACUGGAGUCCGGACAAAAGGGGCCUUUGCGUCUGUACCUCAUUCGACCAGAUGGUGAGAGUGCUGAUCGUUACCAAACUCAAGACGGUCUGACCUGAAGGCUUUGGACUUGAGAAUUUCCAGAGGGGCACUUACGGAGUUCAGGGUGUAUUUUGGGAUCCGCUGACCCUCACUGGAUGAAGUUGGACAUGGCUGAUGAACCAAGGCCCAGAGGUAACCCUGGGCCAGCCUCUCCGGGUAGGUUGGGUGAGCUGAAGGGCCACUGGCCUGCUGCUGCGAAUGAGAGACCGCGUCUCCAGCACCAGCUGUUUUCCUCUCCUCCGUUUUAAAUACGGAGUCGGGAGCCGGAUGUGGUGGUGUAGACCUGUAGUCCCUGCUGUUCAGGAGACCGAGGCUGGGGUACCCACAAGUUUGAGGCUAACCAGGACAACUCAGAUCUUGAAUCUAAAUACAUACAUACAUGCAUACAUAAAAGAAAAUAACCAAAGUACAUAGUUCUUGAUAUUUAAACACAUUCUAAAUUUAAACAUUUUAAAUUGUUCUCUAUCCCCAGAGUUCCCUAUUUUAUCUUUACGCUAAUGCUGCAUUGUAGUGUUUUAAUGUUGCGGUUGAAGUCGCUUCAUUUUGUUUAAAUAGUUUGUCUUAGAAGAACUGUGAAUUAAAAUUCAUUAGUACAUUUUGAGAGAUUUCAGUGCAAGUUUCUGUUCAGAGUAUUAUUUUAUAAAGUACAAAAGUGGCACCAUCAGACUGGAUUUAUGUAACUUUGAAGCAGUGUAACUCAUGAAAAGAAAUUCCAUGGCUUAAAAAGGUCUCUUCUGUACCUAACGUGCAGCAGCUGAGUCAGUGAAACGGCUGCUGCCUGGGAUAAACGAUGACGAGAUGUAGAAGACUGGGGGGAUUUUAUCGCCUUAUGUUUUUGUCACUCCUUUAAAACCCAUUUCAUAAAUAAACUUGUUUUUUAAGGCCA